CUCUCUCUCUCUCUCUCUCUCUCAGCAGCAGCAGUGUCUCUGGCAUGAGCGUUUGCAGUGGGAUGUUGGCUCAUCUGUGAGCUCAGAGUAAAGGAAAAUGAAUACAUGAAAAAACAAGGGCAGAAAAAAUAAUAAUAGGAACAAAAGCAGAGACAGGGUGAUCACAGAAGGAUAGUAACAAAGCAAGAAGAAGGAGAACGCGCUUGGAUAUUCUCCCUGUGUCUGUCUGCCUCUCACACUCCAUCACUGUGGUGGAAUGUACCAGCAUACAGCAGGAGUUUUUUUCUUCUCUUGAAAUGACAGUCGAUGGAAAGACUGACAUAAUGUGCUGGACAGCCGUGGCAACCCAAGCAGCAGGACCAGGAGGGCAGAGGGAGGCAGAGUGCUGAGGAGGCUCGAAAGAAAGGUGGACUCAGACCCCCAUCUGCUUGGCUUGUUGGUCUUUGUGCUUUUUUUUCUGUACUGCUGCUGCCACUGCUAUUGCUGCUGGGGAAUUAUACAACUGGGGAGCUUCUCGGGAAAGUCCUGCACAUGCCCCACUUCCCCCUACCCCCGGGGUUAACCCUUUCUGCACCAGCAGGAUGAGCGAGGCUGUAGCUGCUGCUGUGUCGGGGGCUGCAAUCUCAGAGGAUCCAGAGGGGGCCGCAGAAGGUUCUGAGCAGCCUUCCCCCCCUGAGCCUGGACCCCUGCGCUGUGGCAGCUGUGCCCUUUGGCCCCGGCAGCAGACCUGGCUGUGCGUGGUGCCCCUGCUCAUUGGUUUCAUCGGCCUGGGCCUUAGCCUCAUGCUGCUCAAGUGGAUCGUGGUGGGCUCGGUCAAGGACUACGUCCCCACGGACCUGGUGGACGCCAAGGGGAUUGGGCAGGACCCCAUCUUCCUGUCCAAGCCCAGCACCUUCCCCAAAAACUCAGAGACUACUACAGCCACCAUCACAGUAUCCAGCAGAACUCGACCUGGGCUGGGGAGCCACAGCACCACCACAGCCUCCAGCGCUGGCGAGGUGGUCCCUGCCGGCUCUGGCAGCUUCACGCCACGCGCCCCCAACCGCAUCAGCACCCGCAUCACCACCACCACCACCACCCGGGCCCCCAGGCUGCUGCCCCCAGGGGGCCGGGGAGUGACCCCACGAGGCACCACCGUACGCAGAGUGACCACGGGUACCAGUGCCAGAAUGGAAUCAGCGGUGCCCACAGCUGCAGUAACCCCAACGAUGGAGGCUCGCCAGGAGCCCACUGUCCUGCCCUCGCCCUCGCCCUCUGGGCGCUUCUACCUUCACGACUCGACAGCUGUCUGGACCCUCGGUCACUUUCCAGCAGAGAGCUCGCCCGCCGUGCCCACUCGACCCCCCCUGCGCACCAAAACACAUGCCCCAACCUCCUCCCCUGAGCGCUCGGAGCACUUUAAGCCAUGUCGAGACAAGGACCUGGCCUACUGCUUGAACGAGGGCGAGUGCUUUGUCAUCGAGACCUUGACAGGCUCACACAAACACUGCAGGUGCAAAGAGGGGUACCAGGGGGUUCGUUGCGACCAGUUCCUCCCGAAAACCGACUCCAUCCUUUCCGACCCAACAGACCACUUGGGGAUUGAGUUUAUGGAGAGUAAGGAGGUAUACCAGAGGCAGGUGCUGUCAAUCUCCUGCAUCACGAUUGGGAUCAGUCUCCUGGGCACGCUCUGUGUCGCCUUCUACUGCCGCAACAAGAGACGGAAGGAGAAGCUCCAAGCUCACCUGAAAGAAAGCCAGAGCCUCAAGAGCUACAGCCUCAACACCUCUAGCCUCAUGUCCAAAUCCACCUUCAGGCCUCAGAGUUACUGCAAGGCUCCUGUGCCCUUCCCUGCACUAGGGGGCAGUGUUCAUGAGUCCAGUUUCUCGCACGGCGGGGGCACACGGUUCACAGGAGGCCGAUCCCCCAACACCAGGAUUUCGCAGAGGGUGAAACAGCACAGGAGCAGCUCAUUGUCUCACAGCCCUGAUCAGCAAAGCCAAGCCACACACAGACUCGCCCCUCGCAAGACAACACCCCCUCCGCGUGGGAGACUCAACCCUAUUGGAGGAGCCAAGGAUUCUGGGCCCGCCUACCAGCACCUGCAGGAGGCGGAGCCAUCAGAGAAGGAGGCAGUGCAGGAAGGGCACUACUCAGUAAGCGGCACCCCCCCACUACACCCCCAAGAUUUCUUAAAUAUGCAACCCCCCCUCUGUGCUUCUACUGCAGGGGCUGGAGGGGACAAGCCUGAACUGCAGUGCAGCCUAGAUCCCCAGAAAGCCUGGUCCACCCCUAUAAUCCCCUCUGUCCAGGGCCCUGAUGACCCUUCCUGUAUGCAAACGAGCAGAGAACGAAGGGGCAGGAGUUGUGCCUCAGCACCAGGGAGCUCCGCCCUCUCUCUCAGCUCUGUGCGCUCCCCGGCUGCAUUACCACCCACUGGCCAGCAGCAGGAGGUGGCGCUGUUGCUCCACACUGCUCACGAGCAGCUCAGGGUGCUGGCACAGGCUCACAGGAAGUGUGAGGACUGCAGUCCGGUCCUCCCAGCCAGCUUCAUGUCACCGGCUAUAAGAGGAGGAGGUGUGGUCAAACCCACCCCUGCUGAGACCCAAUUGGUCCACCCCAGAGGUCCCCACAGAGACAACUCCCCUUCCUGUCAGUGAACCAUAAAGAAGUGUAGCUGAUCUGAUCUUGGACCAAUUGUACUGCAGGGGAGGAGUUUCAAAAUGUGACUGCGGAAACAACAUAUGGGAACAAGCAAAUACAAAAAAAAACCUUUAAAUACUCAAAGAACUGACAAAUGGAAGAAACGAAAAGACAUACAGGUGGGGGUUCAAAAAAAAAAAGAGAAAUUAUUUAUAUGCAUUUAUUUAAAAUGAGAAACAUCUACUUAGAAAGAAAACCAAAUAGUAUGUCAUCUCCAUGGUGUUUUUAAUUGUUAAAAAAAGUAAAAUGUAAAGAAGUAAAAAAACACAAAUGAUAAAAGCUUGAAUUUGUACAAGUAAACUCAUUUCAAACUGCCUGCCAUUUUCCCUCAAUCUGUAUCCCUGUGUAAUGUAACAGAGCCCCCAACUCUCCCUCAAUCUGUAACAGAGCCCUCAACUCUCCCUCAAUCUGUAACAGAGCCCCCAA